CGGAAUCACGGGGCCGAUCAUUUUCGUGCUUCAAGCAGUCGUCUAUGCAUCAUCAUCGAAAGUGCACGAAUUCGUGGAGCGUUCCGAAUCGUCAAUCGAGCUUGUCGGUGCAAUCAAGCUCAAAGGGUCAGAUGACGUCGAGGGAAACGGUGGAAAUCACUCGGCGCGCGAUAAGGAGAUAAUAGCGGCGACAGCGGCGUUAUCACACUCCAAAAUCGGCAUAAUUCGUAAAACCCCGGAUUCGCUAAUCACGUCGUCAUAGCUGCGUUGCAGCACGUCACGAGAUAUAACAAUCGACGCGGACAUUUCAUAACUAUUAUUUUCAUAAGUUAUCGGUCGUCAUGUCUUGCCGCGAUCUCGCCUUUCGCAUCCUGCUAAUUUCGAUCGUUCGUUUCUCGACGACGUCGAUCAUCCGGCCGCAGAGAUUGUUGGUCGUGCGGCUAUCGCCGGAGCCAGCGAGGAGUCUGGAGGAUAUACCGGGCAGAUGGAGAACGGCGAAUCCGGAGUUUAAAGCGCCGCAAAUCGAGAUCCAGCUGAUGAAGGGUCACGUCUCGCCGGGCGAGAAUUGGAUGUUCACCAAUGAGUACAAAUACUCGGGCGAGGAUUAUCAUGGUGCGGCAAAGGUGACGCCGGCGAAAGACGAGAAGAAAAUCCCGCGAAUUGAGAAUGGCGAUAUGGAAGCGAGGGAAAAGGAGAAAGAGAACGACGUCUCGGAUAAUAUCGUGAUGCCUGAUGGGUUCAUCCCGCAGAUUGGAUUCAGGAAUAUUAUUACAGUGCCUACGUACUGCCCGGAGGGGCAAAGAGAAGAUAGUAGAGGACGUUGUAGAACUGUCAUAACGUAAAAGAGACAGACAGAAGACGAAAAGGAAAACACUUGAAUAAUUGGUGCUUUCUCUGUUAUCGAUAUUUAUCUCAUAUAAAAUCGUAUUCUGAAUUGUAUUGACAAAACUAUCUCGCCUUUAUUAAUAAAGUGUUGUACUAACCCAGUACAUUUGUACGCAUCAAUA